CCGAACCACCACUCGAGCAAACAUGGCGUCCCCGUGGGGGUCUAGAAUGCUCGUCGACAUAUCCGGCUGUGCCUGAUUUCGUCCUUAACAGCUAGCUGAUGACAACAGCUAUCUCAGCCUUCCUUCUCUCUCUCUCUUUUCCUUGCAGCUCUUCACGGCCAAGACUGGGCUCCUUCGACAUAGUUCACCGAGGCUCGCGAUUUCUUUGUUUGGAGGGCCACCUCGACUCAUGCAUGGUCAACACUGAAACCCCGAGAAAUAUUGCCUCGUGCUGACCUAUCUAUCCUAUUGUCAUUGCACCGUUCCUACCCCCCCACCCUCCUUCUCGACACACCCGCACUGCCCUCGAGACAUGAAGUUCGGAAGAAAUCUCCCCCGUAACCAGGUCCCCGAGUGGGCAGCCUCCUACAUCGACUACAAGGGCCUGAAGAAGCUGGUGAAGGCUGCUGCAUUGGCAGCUCAGAAUGGACAGGAGGCAGUGGACCUUGCAGAGUUCUUCUUCGCUCUGGACCGGAAUCUGGAGGAUGUUGACUCUUUCUACAACAAAAAGUUUGCCGACGCUUGCCGCCGGCUCAAGCUUCUGCAAGACCGAUAUGGCAGUAGUCCGGAUGUCGUCCCCAAUUUGGACCAGGACGAGGUCGAAGAGCUGAUGGGUGCUCUCCUGGAGCUCCGUAGCCAGUUGAGGAAUCUCCAAUGGUUCGGCGAGAUCAACCGCCGGGGCUUCGUAAAGAUCACGAAAAAGCUGGACAAGAAAGUCCCAAACACGACGACGCAGCACCGGUACAUCUCGACCAAGGUCGAUCCGCGGCCGUUCGCCAAGGACACAACUAUUGUUCGCCUGCUCUCCGAAAUCAACAGAUGGCUCUCCGUCCUCGGAGAUGCUCAGAACUUUGAUGAUGCCAUGUCGGAUCGGUCUAGCAGGUCCCUUGGGAGAGCCUCGGCGAAGGCUAUGCUGAGAAUUGCUCCGGCGCUGCUGGAGAAGCUGGAGCAAGCAAUCCGAACUGAUGACGUUCCCUCUUUGAAAGCGGGCUUCGCGGAGGGAAAUCUUGUCCUCCCUGAACCGUCGUCUCAAAGCAUGCUUCUGAAUCUCCUGCAACGAUCCAUAUCCACAAAGUCCCGAGCCGCCCUCGAUUAUCUUCUUGGCAAUAUCGAGACCCUGGAUGAGCCGGGCGAUAUCCACCAGCGGAACUGCAUUCAUAGGCUGGUCAUCCAUAUCGGCCGGACCAAGGCCGCGUCCGCCAACAAGGAUGAAGGGGAGCCUAGCCCGUAUCCAUUUCCCGGGGGCGUCCAGUAUGCCCAGCAUUAUCUGACAGCAGCUACAUCUCCUCUGUGCGGGCCCCGGAAGACGGGCAUCAAGGAACCCAACCUCCUCACUAAAGACGACAAAGUGGUUCAGAUACUCGUUUAUUUGCUGGACAAGCUCCGGCCUGGCCAGAGAAUCGCACUCAGUGCGCGAGACUCGUUCGGUCGACUCCCACUGCACUAUGCUGCCCAGUUCGGCUGCGUCGUCGUAUGCCAGAUAAUAAUGGAAAAGAUGCAACACUGGGGCCAGUUCAACGCAGAAAAUGGCAUCGACGCCCCGGAAUGGCAGGAUAAGGAGGGCUGUGCACCACUCCACCUUAGUGUGAUCGGUGGCCACCCUCUGACUACCAAGGCCCUCCUCCAGGGGGAGAAUUGGCAAGGCGUUAGUGAGACCAAGGCCGAAAUGAGGAGGGCGGUAUCGAAAUCGAGUGCUGUCUUGGCGCUAGCCACGAGGUCCAACUUCAAGCGCAUCGUCGAGAUGCUCGUAGAUGCUGGCGUCGAUAUCAACUGGCAGGACAAGACAGGCGAGACGGCCCUACACGUCGCUGCCAGGUUCGGACAUGACGAGUGCGCGAGAGUGUUGCUGCAGGGCACGGACGAGCAGAAAGCCGACCUCGAGCUGGUGGAGAAGUCAUUUGCCUGGUCCCCACUGCACAUCGCGGCUGUGGAUGGGCAUCUGUCAGUAGCCCAGCUGCUGGUUGAUGCCGGGGCAGAAGUAGACAAGCCGGACUCGUCGGGCUGGACAGCGAGGGAACACGCAGCCCUCCGUGGGCAUCUGCCGAUUGCCCGCUUGCUUGCUGCCCACUCCCUCCCGUCUGACGACGCCACUACUACCAGUGCAAGUUCUGACGACGAGAAGUCGAUGACUAGCACCUCGCCACCUGCAGAAUACUCCUCUCUCGGAGACCGACGCUCUAACGGCUCAACACGGCUUGCAGACCCCGUCAAGUCAUUCGGUCACAGGUACCUCAAGAAUGAGAGCUUGGUGCUUGUCAGUCUCGGGUCCAUGGACAUGAGGAAGACCACCGAGGCUGUCAAGCUGGAUAGGGUGCCCCUCACCGAGGCUCAUGCGACCCAGCUAGACACGGCGCUGUCCGUGGUCGUCUCGGCAAACGGCGCUCGUGGGGAGCCCACAAUCAUCGAUCUCCCGGUCCACGAAAACAUCUCCACGGAGCCUAUAGUUUUCACGACAAACGACGCGACACAGGUCAAACUACUCUUCGAUAUUGUUCCGACGUACUCGGGCAACGAGAAGAACAAGAUCGGUCGUGGGGUGGCCUUGCUGUCGAGUGUACGGCCUAACAUUGGCGCGAAGCGGAUGAACCUGCAGGGCGAUGUCUGCGUGCCUAUCAUGGGGGCAAACUUGGAGGUCAUUGGCACGGUCAACUUCAACUUCCUAGUGAUCACGCCCUUCUCCCACCCAAACAUGGAGGUCACGUCCAGGCAGACCUACUGGAAGAAGCUGACUUCGACCAUGGUCAUCGGCCAUCGCGGGCUGGGAAAGAAUCUGGCCUCGAACAAGUCCCUGCAGCUGGGCGAGAACACGGUUCCGUCAUUCAUUGCAGCAGCCAAUCUUGGCGCGCAGUAUGUGGAAUUCGACGUGCAGCUGACCAAAGACCACGUCCCCGUCAUAUACCAUGACUUCCUCGUCAGCGAGACGGGAUUCGAUGCUCCUGUCCACAUGCUCACGAUGGAGCAGUUCCUGCAUAUCAACCCCGACUCAUCGCGGCCCGAGGCCGCGCACCAGGCGGUUAACAAGCAGGUCCAGCUAACCCGGAGCAACAGCCCUGGACCUCGGCAGCGCUCCAUGUCUAUGGGCUAUUCGGAGACGGACAGGCAGAGACUGGACGAACGUAUGAAGCACACGCGAGACUUUAAGGCCAAGGGAUUCAAAGCCAACUCGAGGGGCAACUUCAUCCAGGCACCCUUCGCGACGCUUGAGGACCUGUUCCGCAAGCUACCACCCUCGGUGGGCUUCAACAUCGAGAUGAAGUAUCCGAUGCUGCACGAGAGCGAGCAGCACGAGAUGGACACAUAUGCCGUCGAGCUGAACUCGUUCUGCGAUACGGUACUGAGCAAGGUGUAUGACCUAGCGGGCGACCGGAACAUCAUCUUCAGCUCGUUCAACCCGGACAUUUGCCUGUGUCUCAGUUUCAAGCAACCGAGCAUCCCGAUCAUGUUCCUGACUGAUGCGGGCAGUUGUGCUGUGGGUGACAUCCGAGCCUCCAGCCUGCAGGAGGCUAUCAGGUUCGCGAGUAGGUGGAAUUUGCUGGGCAUUGUGAGCUAUGCAGAGCCCUUUGUCAACAGUCCCCGGCUGGUGAAGGUGGUGAAGCAGAGCGGGCUGGUAUGUGUCAGUUAUGGGACGCAGAACAACGACCCGAUCAUGGUCCAGCGCCAAGUUAAAGAGGGAAUCGAUGCAGUUAUCGUUGACAGUGUUCUGGCGAUCCGGAAAGGGUUGACCCAAGACCCGGAAAAGGCCGAAACGGCGGCCUCACCUGCGGUUGUGCCAGUGGCAGGACCAAUGCAGGAUGCAAAGGAGCCUACUAUAGAAGAGGGAGUCGAGCUUGCUUAGGGCAUCGAAUGCGUAAUAGACCAUCAACUGGUUUGAUAUGGGGCAUGGUGCGAUUUACGAUGUUUGGUUAGGUACAGCACCCGUUGGGUAUAACAGCACCAACGUUGGAAGCGUCCGUCAUGACGAUACGAACAGCAUAUUAGACGAGGGAAGGGAUGCGAAGCAGGAGAGGGGGCAGGCAGUCUUCAACACGACACAGAGAGACUCGCUGUACAGACAUUGUAUUCAUUGAAAAAAAAAAAAGUAGUUUUGGGCAUUUUCGAGGGCCUUAGCCGGUGCCUUGACUUUCGCAACUCACCUCAUGGCCGAGUAUCCGUACACGUAUAUUGAUGUAUAUAAUAUAAAACAGUGGUCUUUGCAACCUUCCUCAAUGGCCUUGAGGGCUGUCUGG